UAAAACUUUAAAGAAGGCGUGAUUAGACACUAUAUAAUCCUUGAUUGGGGCCUCUCUCAGUACCAGUCAGAGAUCUGAAGAAAUUCGCCGCUCUGCGACUGAACAGAGACGAAAGAGAGAGCUCAGAGAAAGUACCCCGAGUUUGGUAUAGGACAGAUAACGUAGCCAGAAGCUAACUGCGGUAUCCAGACGAAGAGAGAAGGUGCUGUGACACCGUUUCUAAUAUCAGGCGCCCAGAGUGUCUGAUAUUGGGGCUUCACUUCAGGUUGACCACCCACCUGAGUCAUGGAGAAGGAUGAAAAUGGUGAAAACAUGGUGGAAACGGUGAAGGAUUUAGUUGUGACCUCUGCCUAUAGAUACACCAAGGAAGAGCUUCUGGAAAUCAAAGAAUUGCCGAUUUCCAAUGAGAGGCCAGAGUGUCUUUCAGAGAAAUAUGACAGUGAUGGGGUUUGGGACCCUGAAAAAUGGCAUGCCUCACUAUAUUCCUCUUCAGAAAACAGCUGUCCAGCAGAAGGAUACAAGAAAGAUUAUGCAGAGGACAGAGUUCCGCUAAAACGAAGAAUUGCAGAUCCUCGGGAACGUGUGAAAGAUGAUGAUCUUGAGGUGGUUCUGAGUCCACAGCGGCGUAGUUUUGGCAGUGGCUGUCAAGUGGCACCCACUGCCCUCCCUCGUCGCCCCAUCAGCCCUCUGGAGAACAAAGAGAAUGAGUCACUGCGUUUGGGGGGAGCACGUCGCAUAGGGAGUGGCCGUAUCAUUGCAUCACGUGUAUUUGAGAGGGACGCACGAGUUGACAAGGAGCGGGAACGAGACCGAGAACGUGAAUUUAAGGACAAGAGAUUUAGGAGAGACUUUGGAGACAAAAGAGUGUUCAGUGAGAGAAGAAGAAAUGACUCCUAUGCAGAAGAGGAGCCAGAGUGGUUCUCUGGUGGACCCACUAGUCAGUCUGAGACCAUUGAGCUCAUUGGCUUUGAUGACAAGAUCUUGGAGGAGGACAAGCGCAGGACCAAACGUUCCAGGAAGAAGCCAGAGUCUGUUAAAGAAGUUGAAUGUAAUGGUGGGCUCUCUGGGGAUCGUGAAGCGGUUCAAGAGUUAGCAGAUCAAGAAGUUCCACAUGCUGAGGUUCUACCUGAGCAAACCCCUGGAGAAUUUGACUUCAAUGAGUUCUUCAAUCUUGAAAAGACCAUGCCUGGUCUGGCUUCGAUGAUUGAAGAUGUCCUUGCUGAGGGUCCUGUCAUGUCCAGUCGUUUCAGUCGCUGGUUCUCCAGUAACAGAAGUCCCUCUGGCAGCCACUCCAGCAGUCUGCGUUCCACACCACAUGAGGAGUUGGAGAGACUAGCAGGUCUCGAUCCUCAUACUGGAUCUCUGAAUCAGGGUACGUCUUUAUACUUCACCCCCAUCUCUUCAGUGGAACGCAAAGAGAAGGUGGACAUAUUGGAGCUGCUGCAUAAAGCCAACGUUGACCUGAAACCUCUACUGUCUAGUUUGAAUGUCAACAAGGCUCACCUAAAAGAGAGCACAAACUCAGGGGUGGUGUUGUCUUUGGAGGAAGUGGAAGGGAGUCUGAAGGCCCUGAAGAUGCAGCCUGAACCGGCUCCAUCAUUACCUCAAAAGCAGCCCAGCGGAGGUGGGGGAACCCCCUUCAUGGUGGAGCACCUUGAAAAGGCUCUCACGGAAGGUACCGGAGUUGCGCCACGACCACGAGACCCUGACAUGUCUGCAUUUAAUAAGUUAGUCAACACCAUGAAGGCAAGUGGAACCCUGCCCACCCACCCCAAAGCCAGCGGGAGCAGUUUACAGCAGCAGUCAGUGGAUCCUGCUCUUGUGUCCUUAUCAGAGGCGCAGGUACCCACCUCCCAGCAGAAAAACAUCUUUCAGGAAUUGUUGGUUGCCCCUCAUGGCCCUGUUCCUGCCCCUGUGCCUGGCCUCGUACACCACCGCGCUUCACCCCCACUCUUUCAACAGAGAGCCCCUAUACAGGACUUUUUCCCGGGCAUGCCCCCUAUAACUGGGUUCCCUGCUGGCCCACAAACUGUGUUGGAUCAAAUUCCAGACUUGAAUCGGGCCAGGACUUUACCACAGAUUAGAGCUUUGCCAAUGGGAGUGGACCAGGCCAAUCUGGAAGCUUUGUUUCAGCAGGAUCUGGCAGCUCUUAAUCGCCAACAGUACCAACAAGGCUACAACAAACAGGCUCACGAUAUGGUGUUUCGCAACAGACAAACCAGGAUGAACCGUUCACCUGGCCCUCACCUGCCUGGCCGGGCCUCACCUGGCAAUACAGUAACAAGUGUAUUGUCUCCAUCCUUCACUCCCACUUCUGUGAUCAAAAAAAUGUAUGAGUCAAAAGAGAAAAGUCGAGAUGAUCCUGGGAGUAGACCAGGAAGCAAGGAGGAGACUGUGAACUCCCAUAAUUCACAGGAGGAUGGUCCUCCAUCACCCAGUUCAUUUCUGGAAGAUGGGGACACCAGUGGUCCUCAGACUGGUGGGGUAAAGGCAUGCUCCACCCCUGUUCCUACUCAGAGUCGUUAUAAUAAAGACCCAGACCGACCCAGGCCUCCUUCAACAACAGGCCACACUCCCACUAUGCUGUCACCAGGACCAUCUUCUCCCUUCCCCAGACCCCAGAUGUAUCCAGUCCCUCUGCUUCCCCACGUCCCCUUGGUCAGACCUCCACCCCAGCUUCACCCGGGCGUGAUGCAGAGAAUGCUGGCUCAGGGCAUCCAGCCUCAACUCGGACCCACAUUAUUACAAACAGGCAUGUUCCCUCAGGCUGUAGACCUGUCUCAGCUUCAGGGUUUACCCCCAGCCCUCUUAGGGCAGCCUCUGUAUCCCCUUGGUCCUGCAGGGCAUCCACUCAUGGCCCCUAGAGCUGCAGGAACACACAUGCAGUUAGCAGUCAUGCAGCAACAGCUUCAACAGCAGCAGAGACCAAAUCUGCCAGUGGCUCCAUCAGGAGGCCCACAGUCACAGAGCCACGGUCCCCAUCGGACAAACCAUUCCCAGCGAAGAGGGGGUAGCCCUCCUCUAGGUCUGGCAAAGUGGUUUGGAUCUGACGUGCUACAACAGCCCCUCCCUUCCAUGCCAUCGACUAAAGUAAUCAGUGUUGACGAGCUCGAGUUCCGGCAGUGAUGACAUCCUCGGAGCAGUCAGCAGGAGCGAAGCAAGACAUCCCUUCCCUUCCCCACUACCCUCUAGUUGGAGAGAUAUGAACUUUGAUUUAUACCAUUAUGUACAGAUGUCAGAGCCCUUGGUGUGUUUUUUUUUUUUUUUUUUUUUUUUUUUCUUGGAGAAGGCCUGAAGUUAAGAGGGAAAAGACGUUUUUGUCACAAAUUUCUCAUAGUUUUUGUUUUGAACUUUCUUUUUGCAGUAAAGUAAAUAAUGUAUAGGCCUGAAUUUGUACAGAUUAUGGAAAUUUCCACCUUGUACAUAGAAUUGACUUUUUUUUUUCUUUCUUCUGUCUUCAUGUGGGGAAGGUUAUCCAACUAAUGAGAAACUGCAAAGUUGCUUUUUCUUUGUCCAGUCACACUAUCUGCACAGUGUUCCAUGUUUCCCAUCUAGGGUUGAUCUGGGUGGGAAUGGACAGUAUUGCGGAUUUGUUGGAAAGGAGAUGUUUGUGUGUAGUGUUUUAAUGCAUCCCUGAUCCAGAGAUGCAUGCCCUUGAAACUUGCUGGAGUAUUGAAGCCAGAUUGUUCUGCAAGAGGGGACAUUCUUCCACCCCAAGAAGUGAAUGCUAGUUGUGCCUUUGUUUCCUCCCCCCUUUUUUUUUUUUUUUUUUAAAAAAAAAGAACCCUCCCAUCCUUCCUCCAGCCAGUCUUCUUAGUCACCUUAUGAGAAGCACUGCUUUGAAUCACAUUUGUUUUAGGGUGGCAGGGGAUUACAAUUAAGUAAUUUGCUAUUAAUUUAGGUAGCACAAAUAGUUAAAUAUAAGAAAAAUUAAAUAAAAAAAUAAUAAUUCUCACAAAA